CUCAAGCAGGCAGUUGCGGCUAUUAAAACAGCUCCGGCCCGCACGCGUCCCAGCCGGAGUGAGCGCUGCCGCCGAGCAACGAUGAAGCUAGCCAACUGGUGGGGGCUGAGCUCGGCUGUCCUCGCCGCUUACGGCGUUUUGGUUGUGGCAAACAAUGAAACGGAGGAAAUUAAAGAUGAAACGGCCAAGGAUGCCUGCCCGGUGAGACUAGAAAGCAGAGGGAAAUGCGAGGAGGGUGGUGAAUGCCCCUACCAGGUGAGCCUGCCCCCGCUGACCAUUCAGCUCCCGAAGCAGUUCGGCAGGAUCGAGGAGGUGUUCAAGGAAGUCCAGAACCUCAAGGAAAUGGUAACUAGCCUCAAGAAAUCUUGCCAAGACUGCAAACUGCAAGCUGAUGACAGCCGAGACCCCGGCAGAAAUGGACCGAUGUUACCUAGCCCCGGAACGCUGGGAGAAGCCGAUGACAGCAGAGUUCGAGAAUUAGAGAGUGAGGUUAACAAGCUGUCCUCUGACCUAAAGAAUGCGAAGGAGGAGAUCGAUGUGCUUCAGGGUCGCCUGGAGAAGCUCAACCUUGUAAAUAUGAACAACAUAGAAAAUUAUGUUGAUAGCAAAGUGGCAAAUCUAACAUUUGUAGUCAAUAGUUUGGAUGGCAAGUGUUCAUCUAAGUGUCCCAAUCAAGAGGAAAUACAGUCACGUCCAGUUCAACAUCUAAUAUAUAAAGAUUGCUCUGACUACUACACAAUAGGGAAAAGAAGCAGUGAGACCUACAGAGUCACACCGGAUCCCAAAAAUAGUAGCUUUGAAGUCUACUGUGACAUGGAGACCAUGGGGGGAGGCUGGACAGUGCUGCAGUCACGGCUCGAUGGAAGUACCAACUUCACCAGAACAUGGCAAGACUACAAAGUAGGCUUUGGGAACCUCAGAAGAGAAUUUUGGCUGGGGAACGAUAAAAUUCAUCUUUUGACCAAGAGUAAGGAAAUGAUUCUAAGAAUAGAUCUUGAAGACUUUAAUGGUGUCAAACUCUAUGCCUUGUAUGAUCAGUUUUACGUGGCCAACGAGUUUCUCAAAUACCGUUUACACAUAGGUAACUAUAAUGGCACAGCUGGAGAUGCCUUACAUUUCAGUAAACAUUACAACCAUGAUCUGAAGUAUUUCACCACCCCAGAUAGAGACAAUGAUCGGUAUCCCUCUGGGAACUGUGGGCUCUAUUACAGUUCAGGCUGGUGGUUUGACGCUUGUCUUUCUGCAAACUUAAAUGGCAAAUAUUAUCACCAGAAAUAUAGAGGUGUCCGUAAUGGGAUUUUCUGGGGCACCUGGCCUGGUAUAACUGAGGCACACCCCGGUGGCUACAAGUCCUCCUUCAAAGAGGCCAAAAUGAUGAUUAGACCCAAGCACUUUAAGCCAUAAAUCACUGAACUCAUUCUUCUGGGUAUUCAUUACCUAAUAGGGCAAUUAAUUUCUUAAGCACUUUGGAAUAUGUUUCACACUCCUUUUUUAUGACUAAAAAUUUAUUUCUAGCAGUAGGUUCUUAUGCUACACAGUGUUUGAAAUAAAGCUGAAAAAGUAAAGUUUUAUAGGAGUCCUUUGUUGCUGUUAUACUGUUAUACAGAUGAGUAUUUGCAAAGCAAUUGAGAGUAUUGAGAAUUACAUAUUAGAUUUAUGAUUUCCUUAAUUUCUAUUAGUUGAAAAUUUUUCCAUUUACUUAUAUUACUUGCUAUAAUUAUGAAACUAUUUUUUAUUUAGCAAGCUGGAUUUUUACACAAGUAAUCUGUAUUUUGAUUGUGACUUAAACACCUCUUUUCAGGCUCUAGUCAGUUAUUGGGUAUUUAUUUUUCUCUAAAUACCCUAAUCCUCAUUCUGAGAUAAACUUUCUCAAUUUAUGGCAUUUCCUUUGGGUCAGGAAGACCUUACAGCAUUUUAGCUCCCAGACAAAGGGAAAUAUAUGUAAUUAAACCUGUUCAUGUACUAUUUGUGAAAUGUAAAAUAUUUGUCAUUUAAAAUAUUUCGGUAGGUGAAUGCCUAAAAGCAUUCAGAAAAUUAAUUCAACCUUAAAAACCAUGGUUUAAAGGUUAUUAAUUAAUUCACAGUUAAUAACUCUUUAGGUGCUGGAUGGUUAAAACUGCUUUACUAUAAAAAUUAGCUUCCUUUGCUUUAUAUGCACAAUAGUUUUUAAUUUAAGAUUGCUCAUUACUGUGCAUGACUACUGGCAGGCUUUCUUUUGGAAGGGUAGGUGUGGGUGGGGAAUGAAACAUUUAUUUAUAGACAAGAUUACUCCAAGGGCCAAAGCAUUUAUAUCCAAAGCAAUAUUUUCAUUAAGUGAUUCACUUCAUAGAAAGCUAAGUUUUAUAAGACAUAUGUAUUUUGAUAUAUAUAGAAUAGUAGAUCAAAUAUUAUGUAUCUCAACUAUAACUGGUGUAUUGCUUAUGUUUUUAAAAGAAAAUUUAAAUACAGGUGUUUAUUUUUUUUAACCAAACUAAAAUAUCUGAAGCUUUUAUAAUUCACUAAUUCUGGAGUGCAGGUAUCAGUUUUUAAAGAUUAUGAAAAAUAGUGUGUUACAUUUAAUCAUUGUAAAAAGGGAUCAUUUCAAAGAGAACAGUGGUAUUCUGCUGAACAUUUAAAAAAUACUCUAGAAUAAAAUUUGAAACAAUAUACUGUAUGUGAGUCAUAGAAAUGUAUUCAGUCUUUAAUUUCUAGUUUGUUUCUACCACAGUAACUAAAAAUAUGCUCAAAAAGAUACAACUUUACUCAUUAUUUGAAAAUGAUUAAAUAGGAUAGUAGCUUUAGGAAACAAAUUAACUUUUUCAAAUAUUGCCCUUUGUAGAAAACUCUAACCAAAAAGAAGCAAGAUACUCUUAAAAAUAUACAACAUACAAAGUUUUCAGGUACACAUGAUGAAAAUUAAGUUAUUAUGAAUGCUAUUAAAAAUGCUAAGGCAAGAGAAAUGCAAAUAGAAUUGUGACAGCCGAAAUAUAAAAUAUCAUGGUAGAUUUCAUGUCUUCAUAUCUACUCAAUAGUAUAACAAAUGUAAAUGUAAUUGAUUUACACUUUUUUCUAUCUUUUUUGUUUUUUUAAAAAAAGAUUAAGAAGAUUUUGAUACUAUACAAUGUAUUUCAUAUAAGAUAAUUUUCAUUUACUAUAUGUCAUUGUUGAUAUGUGCGUAAGUUUAAGUCAAUUUCCAUGAUCAAAAAUAGAGUCAUGAAGUAGAUCUUAUCCUCUCAAACUUGUGUUUCUCACACUGGAAAAAAAGAAAAAAUAUGGACUCUUCACAAAAUACAGUUCUAAAGAAAACUGGCUCAUAAAGUGAGUAUCCACUGAUUUAAUGGGAAUGAGGUUAUCAUUUCAGAAGACUUGUCAAAUAAUUCAUUAAUCCAUGUAAAUACUCAAAAGCUGUCCUUUUAUCUUUCCACUUAUUUCAAAAGAUUAAAUUUUAUUUUCUAUUAUA